GGAGGCUUCAGCGACGACGACGUCUCCGCUGUUGUCCCAGCUCCGCCCCGCCCCUUGCCCUCGUGAACGCGCCCAGCCGCUCGCCUCUGUCCCUCUGCUGUCUUUUUCUCCACGGUGCUGCCUGACAGGAGGCGACAUGGCCCCGCGCAAGAACCCCAAAGGCGGCAGCCCCGCACCUGGAGCUAGGAGAGAAACAAAACAUGGAAACAAGAAUGGCAAGAAAGAGGGUGUUUCUGGAAGUUCAUUUUUUACGUGGUUUAUGGUAAUUGCACUGCUGGGAGUAUGGACAUCAGUUGCAGUGGUUUGGUUUGAACUUGUAGAUUACGAGGAAGUACUAGCCAAAGCAAAGGACUUCCGUUAUAACUUAUCAGAGGUACUUCAAGGAAAACUUGGGAUCUACGAUGCUGAUGGGGAUGGUGAUUUUGAUGUGGAAGAUGCCAAAAUUUUGCUAGGCCUGACCAAAGAUGGCAAUAAUGAAAAUAUUGAUUCACUUGAGGAAGUCCUUAAUAUUUUAGCAGAGGAAAGUUCUGAUUGGUUUUAUGGCUUCCUCUCAUUUCUCUAUGAUGUAAUGACUCCUUUUGAAAUAAUAGAAGAAGAAGAGAGCGAAACAGCAGAUGAUGUUGAUGGUACGUCACAGAAUGAAGGGGUUCAGGGAAAAAAGACCUGUGUUAUUGUGGAUUUACAGAACCAAUGA